CAGGCUUACUGUUCUCCAUUUUUACCGAAAAAACGCCUUCUGCCCACGAGAAUCAAAAUCUGACUAUCAACAGACCGUUGGCUACAUAUGCUCUAACGACAGUUAUGUGGAAAAACCACUCCUCACAAUUUAAUCUGCCACCCCCGCCGCGGGUGCCAGUUCAAGUGACCUUCCACACCACAAAAGAACCUGAUGAUAAAGAAGAACGUUCAAACGACUAUAAAUGGCUUACCAGUCUUUACAACAAACUCAGAAAAUGGCAUUCCAGCUUCUCUCACUCCUCGUCGCUACUUCUUCUGCUUUAGCCGUCACCGUCAAUCUCUCGAAUAAUGUUCCAGGUGGCACAUUCGUGGUCUCUCCCUCUCUGUUCUCUCUGUCCAUCGAACAAGACCGGUGGACUGAUUGGGUUGGACUAAACUCUCGGAACGAAUUUUUCUUCAACACCCUCGAUAACCUCGUUCGUAUUACUGGAGAACCCCCUCGACUUAGGAUCGGAGCUGAUUCUGAAGAUCACACAAGCUUCAACGGUGCCUUGGUGACUCCACAAGCAGCUUUUCCUCCUCCGACAACGACAGUGCCAUACCCAGAAGCUAGUUCGGUCGUCGUUGGGGAUGCUUACUACAGGACCGCGCGGUUCUUGCCACCCAGUACGUGUGAUUGAUCUGGGAAGCCCUAGGCUGACGUCCUUUUCCCUCCAGAUACUCAUGUCAGUUGGGGAGUUAAUUUUGGACAAGACAAUAUCACCGCUGCUUUCCUCGAAGCUCGGUCUAUCGCGAACGCAUUUUCGUCCCCCGAAAUCGCAGCUUCUGGAAUCAAGCUCGAUUUCAUUGAAAUCGGUAACGAGGCUGACCUUUUUCGAAACAACGGAUUCAGGUCCCCGAACUACACGGUCACGCA